CAUAUACAAUAAUGAUACCCCCGCUUCAAACGUAAAAUGCUGUCUUUGUCGUAAACUAGGGUCAAGACAUCUAGCUAAACAAAACAACAGAGCAAACUGCGCGGAUUCAAAUUCUAAAUAGAUUUACUGGGGCGUCAACGUGUUCUAAGGCAAUGGCAGCGUCGUCUUCGUCCUCCUCUGCGGGAGGCGUGAGCGGCAGCUCGGUGACUGGCUCUGGGUUCAGUGCUUCAGAGCUCAUCCCUCCAAGAAAAGUCCUGUACACAUAUCCUAAAGGCGCAGGUGAAAUGAUGGAAGAUGGCUCUGACAGGUUUUUAUGCGAGUCUGUAUUCAGCUACCAAGUUGCCUCCACACUUAAACAGGUUAAACAUGAUCAACAAGUGUCUCGAAUGGAGAAACUUGCGAGCUUGGUGGAGGAGCUGGAAGCAGAUGAGUGGCGCUAUAAACCAAUUGAGCAGCUAUUGGGAUUCACACCAUCUUAGAUUUAAAAAAAAAUAAAUAAAUAAAAGACCCAGAUGCCUUUUGGAUAAUAAAUCAGCCAAGUAGAAGAAAAGGUUUAUUUCACUUCAUACAUUGUAUUCCUUCUUUAUGGUUUUAUUCUAUUUCAUAUGUGUAAAAUAUUAUCUGGAGAUACUGAAUGUGAGUUGUAUUAUUUUAUCACUUUGACUAAUGUCUCAUACAUGAUUUUCUUUUUUUAAAACAACCUGUUAUAUUUUACCCAGUAUAUUAUUAUAAACCAGUGUCAACAGUAUAUAGUAUAGUUAUAUACUAUCAAGUAAACAAUUCAAAAUGUUGUAAUAGACUAAUAGAUUUUUUUUUUUUUUUUUAAACUGGUUCAGGGUAAUAAAGGUGUUUUACCAGUCCAAUCUGCUCUUCUCCUCCAGUGUUAAAAGAAAUAAUAUCUUUAGUAUAAUAAAUCUUUAUAGUAAUGAAUACCUUGAAAUGAGGCAUUCUGUUUCCACAUGGCUGCACUGUAACUCAUAAAUCUGAAAAGUGCUGCCUGUUCAUCGCUGCUUGCUCCAACAGCACUUGGAGCAAAACAAAGAGAGCUUGUAAAUAAAGUCAUACUUGGACAUUC